AAAAGCCAUGGCAAUUGCAGGAUUUAGUUUCGACAUGGCAUCGGAAAGGGAGUCCUUUGCAAGGGCUUCCAAUGCCGAAUGGGUGGAAGAAGACGAGGAGGAGCUUCAAAUGGCUGCAUUGUUGAGGUUGCCAACGCAGAAGCGUGUCAACACGGCGUUGGUGAGGAAGCCGUCUUCGGACACGAGCAACAGAGGUGACUCAGGGAAGAAGAAGGCCAAGGUUUUGGAGCAGAUUGAUGUGAGGAAGCUGAAUCGCUCCCACCGUGAACGCCUCGUCAAGGAUGCUUUGGCAACCAAUGAACAAGACAAUUACAAGCUCCUCUCUGCCAUCAAGGAACGCUUUGACAGGGUUGGAUUGGAUGUACCAAGUAUCGAAGUGAGAUACAAAAACUUGACAAUUGGAGCUGAUGUUCAAAUAGGUUCAAGAGCUCUGCCAACUUUGAUCAAUUACACGCGAGAUGUCUUUGAGGGUAUGAUAACUGGCAUGGGAAUAGGUCGACCUCAAAGACAUUCCUUGACCAUCUUGAAUAAUAUCAGUGGUGUUGUCAAACCUAGAAGGAUGACGUUGCUGUUAGGACCUCCAGGAUCGGGCAAAACUACCUUACUUUUGGCUCUUGCGGGAAAGCUUGAAAGCAACCUCAAGAAAAGUGGUAGUAUAACAUACAAUGGCCAUGAGCAAAACGAGUUCUGUAUUCAAAGGGCUUCUGCAUACACUAGCCAAACUGAUAAUCACAUAGCAGAACUGACAGUGAGACAAACUUUUGAUUUUGCUAACAGAUGUCAAGGUUCAAGUGAUGUAGAAAUUGUGAAAAAUCUUGAACGCUUGGAGAAGGAGAAAAACAUACUGCCAAGUCCAGAAAUUGAUGCAUUCAUGAAGGCAACACUUGUUGGUGGCAAAAAGCACAAUGUGAUGACAGAUUAUGUUUUGAAAGUGCUUGGUCUUGAUGUAUGUUCAGAUACGGUUGUAGGAAAUGAUAUGUUAAGGGGGGUCUCUGGUGGCCAAAAAAGGAGAGUUACAACAGGAGAAAUGAUUGUUGGACCACGAAAAGCUCUAUUUAUGGACGAAAUAUCGACUGGACUUGAUAGCUCUACCACAUUCCAGAUAGUGAAAUGCAUAAGAAAUUUUGUUCAUCAAAUGGAUGCUACUGUUCUGAUGGCUCUACUUCAACCUGCACCAGAAACAUUUGAGCUCUUUGAUGAUCUUCUGCUUCUGUCAGAGGGGUAUGUUGUAUAUCAAGGCCCCAUAAAAGAUGCGCUGGAGUUUUUUGAAUCAUUAGGCUUCAAACUUCCAUCCCGCAAGGGAGUUGCAGAUUUUCUUCAAGAGGUGACCUCUAAAAAAGAUCAAGCUCAAUACUGGGCUGAUUCUUCAAAGCCAUAUAAAUUUAUUUCAGUGCCAGAGAUUGCAGAAGCCUUUAAAAAUUCCAGAUUUGGAAAAUCUGUAGAAUCCAUGUGUACUGCUCCCUUUGAUAAAUCAAAGAGUCAUCCUUCAGCUUUGCCCACAACUAGAUUUGCUGUGCCAAAAUGGGAGCUCUUUAAGGCUUGUUUCUCGCGAGAGUUGACCUUGCUCAACGGGCAUAGGUUUCUCUAUAUUUUUAGGACCUGCCAGGUUACAUUUGUUGGAAUUGUCACAUGCACAAUGUUCAUUCAAACAAAAUUUCAUAAUAAGGAUGAGGAAUAUGGCAAUCUCUACCAAUCUGCACUAUUUUUCGGACUCGUACACAUGAUGUUUAAUGGCUAUUCUGAGUUGACACUCAUGAUAGCUAGGCUACCUGUCUUUUUCAAACAAAGAGGCAAUUUAUUUUAUCCUGGAUGGGCAUGGUCUUUGGCCACUUGGAUUCUUGGUGUACCUUAUUCCCUUGUUGAAGCUGUUAUAUGGUCUUGUGUUGUAUACUACACUGUUGGAUUUGCCCCUGCUCCUGGAAGAUUUUUCCGCUACAUGCUUUUGCUAUUUAUGCUUCACCAAAUGGCAUUAGGUCUCUUCCGGUUUAUGGCUGCUCUUGCACGCGAUAUGGUCAUUGCUAAUACAUUUGGAACAGCUGCAUUGAUGAUUAUCUUCUUGCUGGGAGGAUUUAUUAUCCCAAAAGGUAUGAUUAAGCCAUGGUGGAUUUGGGGUUACUGGUUGUCACCUCUUACCUAUGGUCAAAGAGCAAUUUCAGUCAAUGAAUUUACUGCCACAAGAUGGAUGCAGCAUUCGGCUUUUGGGAGCAACACAGUUGGCCUUAAUAUUCUCAAGGGAUUCGAUAUACCAGCUGAGGAUUACUGGUAUUGGGUUGGUUUGGGAGUUUUAACACUCUACGCUCUUAUUUUCAACUGCUUGGUCACUUUGGGCUUGUCCUAUCUGAAUCCACUCCAAAAAGCACGUGCCAUUCUUCUUGGUGAUGAAGACGAUUCAAAAGAGAGUUCUAAUAAAAAUGGAUCUAAAUCUAGUGGUGAUGAUGGAAAAGCCAAGGGAAUGAGUCUUCCUUUUGAGCCUAUGACAAUGACAUUCCACGGUGUCAAUUAUUAUGUUGAUAUGCCAAAGGAGAUAGCAAAUCAAGGCAUAGCAGAAACUAGGCUAAAACUCUUGUCAAACGUGAGUGGCGUUUUUGCACCUGGUGUCCUUACAGCUUUAAUGGGAUCAAGUGGAGCAGGAAAGACCACUUUGAUGGAUGUUCUUGCUGGAAGGAAAACAGGAGGAUAUAUUGAGGGUGAAAUUAAAAUAUCUGGCUAUCCAAAAGUGCAACAAACAUUUGCCAGAAUAUCAGGAUAUGUAGAACAAAAUGAUAUUCAUUCUCCUCAGCUGACAGUUGAGGAGUCCCUGUGGUUUUCUGCAUCAUUAAGGCUUCCAAAGGAAGUAAGCAUGGAGAAAAAGCAUGAAUUUGUUGAACAAGUAAUGAAACUAGUGGAGCUUGAUAGUUUAAGAAAGGGUUUGGUUGGAAUGCCUGGUACUUCUGGCUUAUCAACAGAGCAGAGAAAGCGACUGACAAUUGCAGUCGAGCUUGUAGCAAACCCUUCCAUAAUUUUUAUGGAUGAACCUACAUCUGGACUUGAUGCGCGUGCAGCGGCCAUUGUUAUGAGAGCAGUUCGUAAUACAGUUGAUACUGGUAGAACAGUGGUUUGCACCAUACAUCAACCCAGUAUUGACAUUUUUGAAGCAUUUGAUGAGUUACUUCUCAUGAAACGUGGAGGACGAGUCAUAUAUGGAGGGAAGAUUGGCAGGCAAUCAGAUAUAAUGAUAAAAUAUUUUCAGAGUAUUAAAGGAACCUCCUCAAUCCCCAGUGGCUACAAUCCAGCUACUUGGAUGCUUGAGGUUACCACACCAGCUGUAGAAGAGAAACUUGGUGUCGACUUUUCCGAAAUUUACGAAAGUUCUGAACAAUUCAGGGGGGUGUUAGCCUCUAUUAAGAAACAUGGACAACCUCCUCCUGGCUCAAAACCAUUGAAGUUUGACACAAUAUAUUCACAAAACACAUGGGCACAAUUUCUCAAGUGUUUAUGGAAGCAGAAUCUAGUGUACUGGAGGAGCCCACCGUACAAUGCAAUGAGGAUAUUCUUUACAAUCAUAUGCGCCUUCAUAUUCGGUACCAUAUUUUGGGACAUCGGUACUAAAAGGCAAACUACGCAUCAAGUGUAUGUCAUAAUGGGUGCACUUUUUUCUGCAUGCCUUUUCCUUGGAGUCAAUAAUGCAUCUUCUGUACAACCUGUUGUUUCAAUAGAAAGGACAGUGUUUUAUAGAGAGAAGGCUGCUGGAAUGUACUCUCCAAUCUCAUACGCAAUAGCUCAGGGGCUGGUGGAGAUCCCAUAUGUUGCUCUUCAGACAAUAGUAUUUGGUGUAAUCACAUAUUUCAUGGUCAAUUUUGAAAGGGAUGUUGGAAAGUUUUUCCUCUAUCUUGUGUUCAUGUUCCUCACAUUUAUGUACUUCACCUUUUACGGCAUGAUGGCUGUUGGCAUUACACCUACACAACACUUUGCAGCUGUUAUUUCUUCUGCAUUUUACUCUCUAUGGAAUCUUGUAUCCGGAUUUCUUAUUCCAAAAUCUCAUAUACCUGUAUGGUGGAUGUGGUUCCAUUAUCUCUGCCCAGUUUCUUGGACACUACGUGGUAUUAUCACAUCUCAACUUGGUGAUGUGGAAGAAAUGCUCGUGGGACCUGGAUUUAAAGGCAAUGUGAAAGAAUUCAUAGCUGCUACUCUUGAAUAUGACACUAAAAUUAAUGGAAUGUCAUCAGUGUUGCUGUCAGUAAUUGUGCUUAUUUGCUUCAAUGUCCUUUUCUUUGGUUCCUUUGCUGUGUCCAUUAAAGUCUUGAAUUUCCAAAAGAGGUGA